ACAAUACCAAGAAUUAGAAAUGUCGUACGCAUAUUUGUUCAAAUAUAUCAUCAUCGGGGACACAGGUGUGGGGAAAUCGUGCCUGCUGCUCCAGUUCACAGACAAGAGGUUUCAGCCAGUUCAUGACCUGACGAUAGGUGUAGAGUUUGGGGCGCGUAUGAUCACCAUUGAUGGAAAGCAAAUCAAACUCCAAAUCUGGGACACAGCUGGUCAGGAGUCUUUCCGCUCCAUCACAAGGUCAUACUACAGAGGGGCAGCUGGGGCCUUAUUAGUCUAUGACAUCACAAGGAGAGAUACCUUCAACCAUUUAACCACCUGGUUGGAAGAUGCUCGUCAACAUUCAAACUCUAACAUGGUAAUCAUGCUCAUUGGAAACAAAAGUGAUCUUGAAGCAAGGCGAGAAGUGAAGAAGGAAGAGGGAGAGGCAUUCGCCAGGGAACAUGGACUUAUUUUCAUGGAGACUUCAGCAAAGACAGCAGCAAAUGUAGAAGAGGCAUUUAUUAACACAGCUAAGGAAAUCUACCAGAAAAUACAAGAUGGCGUAUUUGACAUCAAUAAUGAGGCAAAUGGCAUCAAAAUAGGUCCCCAGCAUUCCCCAGCGAAUCCCUCAGGGAUGCCCUCUGGGGGCGGUGGUGGGAACCAGGGUGGGGGCUGUUGUUAAACCUGCUGCUAGGGGAGCGGAGAUAACUAGGCGGCCUGGGAGAAAAACUUACUCCAGCUGACAAGCUCAGAGGGGCUGGAUGUUAAAACUCUACUUUUAUUCUCUGCACCAUCAUGAAGUGGCAUCAAAGUUCUAUGGACUGACCUAAUUUAUCUCGCAGUGUUGAUCGACCAAUACUGUACCUGUAAUUGGUUAGAUAUGUAUUGAUAUUGUCUCCCAAAUGCACAUGAUGAAUGUUACCAGAUCACUGUAUGUGUAGGAAUCUGUAUAGUCACUACCCUACUGCUUUCCUGCUCCAUUAGCUGCUCUUUGUGUAGGCGUUUAGAUCCACUCCUUUGUGUAAAUACUUGUGCAGACAGAGAAGUAAAUAUUUAUAUUAUUCUCUAGUUGAAUGAAGUGAAACUUUGUUCCGAAUGAAGUGAUCCUAUUUCCUUUCUGUUAUGUUUCAGUUUUUCUUUUUUUUUUUAACGUGUUGACAUCUUGUACCAUAUUAUAGAAUCGUCUGUAUAUUCUGGCUUGAGAAUGUUCAUGGUGGGUCUAAGCAUAUAUGUACAUACUGUUCGUCUGUCAUUUCUGUCUGCAGUCUACUGAAUCUACUUUUUGAUCCACUAGUUGAAAUGAGUUGAAAAAAAAAAUGCUAUAUAUAUAUAUAUUUCAUUGACCUUUUCUCUAACAGUAAGUAUUGCUAGCGUUCAUAAAACACUAGUUAUGAUCAUAGUUCCCGAGGUUGUCUCCCCUGCAGAUAACUGCUGCUUGCCUACCCUAGUGUUUACUGGAUUGGACCCCUGUGGAAGUAACUGAUAAUGUAACUUUCAGCAAGUGGCAGUCCACACCAGAAAUUGUUCUGUAUCGUAUGAGAGUUUGCACCCUAAGCUUCAUUCCAGCAUACAUGUUACACUUAAAAUGCUAAAAAUUAAAACAUUUAAAUAUGUACAGUAGGUCAUAAUCAUAAUAUUUAUAGCUGAUAAACGCCUCAGCAUCGUUGUCAACAGGGUUUUGGACUGAAGUUUCAUUCAACGUAUGAACAAAGGUCAUAGCAAAACUCCUUGGGUUGGAGUAGUCUUGAAAUGUCAAUAUUUAUCUUUGUGUUUUAUUUUCCCUUUUUUU